CUGAGUUUUCUUUCUUGAUGUUGAGAUUCGUGAUUUUUAUGCGCCGUUAUGGACUGUUUAGAGCGUGGUAGACAAGCAGAUGCUGGUGGACUCAUUGAUUGGAAGAGGUGAUUAUAAUUGUUGUCUUUUUCCCAGUAAAGAAUAUUUUGAGGCCAGCGGCUGCCCAUCUCCUGUAACAGCUUGCUUUAAUUGAAUAGUGACAAAAGCAUUUCAGUCAUGUGUGAUGUGAUGGGACGAUGGAAUCUUUGUUGUCUAUAUAAUGACAAAAUCACUUGUUGUUGGAUUGCUCAUCCUCAUCUUCCCUCUAGCCUUAGUAAACUCUACGCAACUCACACACCCCGACUGUCUGCUUUGCUUUGCUUAGAAAUCAAUCGCAUGUUUCUACUGACGCAGGAGUCUUCUUUCUGUACGAGGAUUCUCUGAUUGAAAGCUGUAGAUGCUGUUGGGGUAUUCUAUUUUUAAUGUCAUGUGACCGACAGGCUCGCAGGUUUUUGUCUUGACAGACAAAAAAGACUGGGUUGCUGCAGCAACAGAAGCUAUACAGCAUGGCUGGCUUGCGAAGUCUGCUGGCGUCUCUGGAGACGAAGAAGCCAUACCUGGCCAUGAUACUCAUACAGUUCAUCUCUGCUGGCAUGUCUUUGCUGUCUAAGGCCGCCAUCACUACGGGGAUGGACCCUUACGUCUUUGUAGUCUAUCGCCAAGCAUUUGCUACGUUUGCAUUGGCCCCUUUCGCAUUCUUCCUUGAGAGAGGCAACAAGUCUCCUCCACUGCCAUUCACCUUGUUCUGCAAGAUAGUCUUGGUUUCGACAGGGAUCGCAGUGAGCUUGAAUCUCUUCCACUUUGCCCUCAGCUAUGUCUCUGCAACGUUUGCUAGUGCGUUAGUCAAUAUGUGCCCGGCCAUGACGUUCAUCUUAGCUCUCUGCUUCCGAAUGGAAAGGCUGUCAAUAAAACAAGGGCAUGGAAUGGCUAAAGUGGUUGGUUCUGCAUUAGGCUUUGCAGGAGCUAUGGUGUGCACUUUCGUCCAAGGGCCCGCGAUCUACUCAGAGAGCCGGAAAGACUUCCUGCGCGCCUACAAGCAAAGCUACUCGAGAGGCGACUGGAUGAAGGGGUCCCUCAUCAUGCUAGGAGCCAACGGGGCGUGGUGCAUGUGGUUCAUCAUGCAGGGCCCAUUGAUCAAGCAGUAUCCUGCCAAACUACGUCUCACAGCUCUGCAAUGUCUCUCUAGCUGUGCAUUGUCGGCAAUCUGGGCUGCAGCAAAGCAAAGAGAGAGAGAAUCUUGGAGGCUUGGAUGGAACAUCAACCUUGUUUCAGUCUUUUAUUGUGGGGCGAUUUCGACUGCAAUCUGUUACUGGCUAAUUGUUUGGGUGGUGGAGAAGAAAGGGCCGGUGUUUGGCGCAGCGUUCUCGCCGUUAGCACUGAUCAUCACGGCGGUUUUCUCAGCCAUAUUGUUGCAGGAGACGCUUCACUGGGGAAGGUUUCUCCUCCAACACACCAUACCUUACUUUUUUAAGUUGAUGGAUCAUUUGAGUAUGUUUUGCUUGUAUUUGCAGUGUUGGUGGAGCUGUUUUGCUGGUGAUUGGGCUUUAUGGCAUUCUCUGGGGGAAGUCUAAAGAAACCAAAAUAGCAGUAACCAAUCAACAAAGCGUACCAAAGGAAACUACUCCAUGACACACAAACAACCAAAUUCCAACUACAUACUAUUUUCAUUUGUAAUAAUUUAUGCAAAUUCCAAACAGGUAUUGUUGCCUUUUUUUAAUCAACAAUACCCCCUUUCGGUAAUGUAACUAGCAUUACUAUUAGAGCAUCUCCAAUAAUUAACUCUUUUAUAGACUAAUCAUAUAUUCAUUCCAAUCAUCAACUUUAUAUUUA